UUCUUAUUCGUCUCUUCCAAGGUUCUUCAGCUCAACUCUCCCACCGAUCAUCACUUCCAUGUUUUCUUUGAUUUCUUCUUCUGAUUUUUAACUUCAUAUCAAAUAGAUGCCCCCAAGGAAAGUAGUGAACGUUCAAUCAAAACUAAAAUCAAAAAAGAGGAAUAAACGAGACAAUGGAACCUCGGAAUGUCGAGAUGAAGAAGAAGUUCCACAUGCCUCUAAUUCAUCUAUCUCACUUUCACCGGCAUCAAUUUCAAAUGAAAAACAUGGAGGUCUUCAAAACAUGUCUUUACUGAUCACUUAUAAAGACCAUAUUGUAUCACGUAUAUGGAGCGGAGAGAAAACAAGUAGACUACUUUCUGUACCUAAUCAUGCUAGAACCCAUAACGAGUGGAAACUUGAAUCGUGUGACUUCCUUAAAGAUUUAUUGAGAAAAAACGGUUUACUAUUGCUGAAAAUGCCCAUUUGAUGCGUUAUGUAGUGGAUUUACCGAGAGAUUUUAUCCUGAAACAAACACAUUUCACUUACCUUUUGGUGAAAUGACGAUCACUUUAGACGACAUUAGUAAUAUCACUGGCUUGAAAAUUAAUGGGUCAGUUUUACAAGCAAAAGGUCCUAGAGAACUUAGCUUUCAUGAAGCAAGUAGCCUAGUUUCUAAGUAUUUGAACAUUGAUGAGGAUAAAGUUAAGGCAGAAUUUGCGAGCAACAACAAGCAAACACUUAGCUUGUUAUGGUUGAAGAACGGUUGGAUGCAUAUAGACCAAAUAUUGUAUUGCUAUUAGGCGCAAUGCAUUAAGCAAAUCAUCGAAAUUGCACUAUGUCGGAACAUUGAUGCAGAUGUGGCAUGGAAGCUUCAGAAUUACCAUAGAGAUGAGCCACUUGCUGAAUUCGGAGAGAUCAAUGAAGGUCCAUCUCAAGCAGUAGACAAUCAAGGAGAAAGCAGCCAACAAGAUGAUGAAAACGAAGAUAUCGAACAGAGGAGAGUUCGAAGAUCCACGAGACCACCAAAACCAGUUGAAAGACAUGCAUCACGAGUUUAUAAGAGAAAAAAGAAUACCAAUUAGAUUUGCCAUGUCAUAAUCCUUUGGGUGGCAUGUCAUUGACAGUUAAAAAAAAUGCAGAUAGUCUUUGGAUGAGAUGAUGUAUGCUCAGUCUUCGCUGUUUUUCUUUUUCUUUUUUGAUCGAUUUUGUAUCUGAUACAACAGAGUUUUUGGUUAGUGCGUAACCAUAAGAUUUUUUGUGUUCUCCA